GUCUAUCAUGGUUUCACACCAUAUCCAAUUACCUACCUUAAUCACUUAGAGCCAUCAACAUUUCUUCAUUUCUUUGUCAUCUGAAGCCACUUGUCAGCCCUGUCAACAGCACCUGGAGUAGAUAUGGGAAACUUCGAUGUGAGAGCCGUCUUUAAAGACAUUAAAAUCUAUCGUCGGGCGUAUCUCCUCACGGCUGUUGCGUCUUUUGGCGGCAUGCUCUUUGGAUGGGACACCGGCUUGAUAGGUGGUGUACUUACGAUGGACGCGUUCCAGCACUCCUUCAAGCUUGAUAAGACUAGCCCAGACUUCAGUAACCUGCAAGGAAACAUUGUGUCUGUCCUCCAGGCAGGAUGUUUCUUUGGGGCUCUGUCUUCCUUCUACGUUAGCGAUACGUUUGGUAGGAAGGCGGCGUUGAUUAUUGCAGACAUCAUAUUCUUGAUUGGGUCCCUCGUUCAGACCCUUUGCGCAAUCAAUACUACCAGUCUCGCUCAAUUAUAUGUUGGCAGAGUUAUUGGCGGAUUUGGCGUAGGAUUGAUAUCUGCGGUCGUUCCUACGUACGUUGGGGAGAAUGCGAACAAGGAGAUCCGAGGACGGUGUAUUGGGUGCAUGCAACUAUUCAACGUCACCGGUAUUUGUCUCUCAUUCUUCGUCAACUACGGAAUUAACCUACAGAUCACGUCUCUAAGCUCCGCCAAAUGGAGGAUCCCCUUUGCCCUCCAAAUGCUUCCUGGCGUCCUCUUACUGGCCGGCAUUUUCUUUCAAAAUGAGUCACCCCGAUGGCUUGUCGAGAAGAAUCGUCUGCGAGAUGCUGCAAAAGCAUUGGCUAGAGUCCGUUCCAAGACUCUGGAUGAUAAAGAUGUGGCCCAGGAACUGGACGAGAUCAUCACCGACUUCCAAGGACACGAAAGGCUACCACUCAUUGCACAGCUCAAGGCCGCGUGUUCGAGCAAAAGGAUGUUUUACCAGGCUUCUUUUGCAGUGAUCCUCAUGUUCUGGCAGCAGUGGACUGGUACGAAUAGCAUUAACUAUUACGCACCACAGAUCUUCCAGUCCAUAGGGCUAAAAGGUCAGUCCGCCGGCCUCUUCGCGACUGGUAUCUAUGGGGUAGUAAAGAUAGUGUGUACGGCAUUAGGUCUCAUGUUUGCAACAGAACAGAUGGGCCGCAAGUGGAGCUUGAUCAUCGGAUCAGCUGGUCAAGCAUUCGCCAUGUUUUAUAUUGGAGUCAACAGUGCGGUCAAUCCGACGAAAGCGGGCGACGCGCUCUCUGGGACGAGCAUAUUUGCAAUUGUCUGCGUCUACCUCUUCGUCGUAUUCUACUCCUUCGGCUGGGGACCUAUUCCUUUUGUCUUAUCAAGCGAAUGCAGCCCGAACCAUGUGCGGUCUCUUAUCAUGGCAGCAGCCUUGAUGACCCAGUGGCUUUUCAACUUUGCUAUAGCCAAACUUACGCCCAUAAUGCUCGCCCACAUUACAUAUGGAACGUUCCUUCUGUUCGGAUCCUGCUGCAUCCUCAUGGGUAUUUACACCGUUUUAUGUGUCCCAGAGACGAAGAAUGUACCACUAGAGUCGAUUCAUAUGCUCUUCGAAGGCGACAUUAUCCAGGGCUGCAUUAAGGAUACGAUUCCACGGUAUUCUCGAGCUAAGAAGCUCCAGCACCACCACAACACGAACGAGGUCGGCUCAGACGUGCACGGCGAGGUGAUAAAUAAAGGGACUGUUAUUGGGGCACAGCAUAUCGAGGAGACAUAGAUCUACAAGCCAGCACCGCAGUCCACACUGACACCUCCACACAACACAGAAGAGAUCUCGGGUGAAGGUAC